AUGUCCUCGAACCGGAAUAGCAGCGACUACUUAGGGGAGUCUUUCGACGAUGCCCCCGAAGUACCAGAGCACCUGAAUGUCUCUAUUCCCCUGUCCACAUCUACCCGAUCAUUGACCAACAGCCCCCCUGUUGGCACGGUGACUACUCCCGACACUGCAGAGAAACCUCCUUUCCCUUCUGAAUCGCAGGACGAGCAGAAACACGAGGGUUCGGAGAAAGAAGAAAAACAAAAAAAGAACAAGAAGAAGGCCACGCAGGAUGAAGGAGAAGGAGGAACAGAAACAGACACGGACGGCCAAGGGGGAGCCGAGGAAGCGCCGAGCGGGCAACCUACGGACGUGAACCUUGAGACCGAGCCCGCCGAACCCGCCGAAGAGGUAAAAGAAGAAGAGAAGCCGGAGCAGCUCACCGAGAAGCCUACGGAGCAAACUGCAGAAGAAGACGAAGGAGACGACACAAUUAUUGGAAGCCCCCAGCCGAACAAAUCACCCCUACUUACGUCCCAUCGCCUCUCGACUGCAUCCUCGCUCGAUGAAGUCAACCUGACCAACAGCAGGGAAGAAGAAAAGUUGGAACCGCCUCCAUUGCCCCCCAAGGACGAGCUUGCAUCGUCUCCCUCGGCCCUGAAGGGCUUAUCCGGAACCUUGCCAUCCUUGCCUUGGGGAGCUCCCCCGCAAAAUAAGAAUCCUCCUCCUGCAGCACCGCCACCCCCAACCCGAAAGCCCAGUGGCCCCUUUGCAUGGUUCUCCCGCAGCUCGACAGGACCCAAAGAGUUGAAGUCCCCGCCCCCGCAACAGCCUGGAAACAACCGCCGAAACACCGGCACCUCCGUGUCCACCAUUGGUAGCCACUUGGAUCUGGCCCCUCGAUCCGAAGAUGGAGAUGCUGCCAGCUUCCAUUCAAGGAGACCGAGACGUAACAGCCUGAAGGACCAAUUUAAGCUGUUGCGUAUGCGGGAGGAACACAUUGGUGGUGAGAAUGAUCAAUUGAGUGUCCGAUCUGGCCGUGCUAGCAUCAGCCAGGGUGGCUCCAGCCCCCCCAUCAUUCAUGAAGAGAGCGAGGAUGGUAUUCUAACUGCCCCCGCGCCCGUCUCUGGAGCAACCUCCCCUGCAACCGCCACUGCACCAUCAACGAUCAACCCUACCCUCGCUCCUGGCACUGUGUCCGGGUUCUCCAGAUCAGCAUCUGAUGACUCUACCCCCGUGGAUUGGGAUAUGUGGCAACAACUCGUGAACGAGGGACCUCAGGCGUUGGUGAACUCGGAGGUCUUGAAUGCCGCUAUCAAGAGGGGUAUUCCGCAGACAAUCCGCGGAGUCAUUUGGCAAAUUCUGGCUGAAGGCCAGACUGGUGAAUUGGAGGAUAUCUAUCGGGAUCUUGUCGCCCGUGGGACUGACAAAGACCGUCGAUCGCCAAAUCUCCAGAGCAAUGGUACACCCGAGAAGGGGUCAGUCUCUUCGUCCCGUUCGUCCGUUCAUUCCGAUCACUCGGGCUCUGGGACACAAUCGACGAGUGUUGCUGUCAGUCCUUCCCAGGAGAUAGACCCCGAGAGGCUGGCCAAAGAACAGGCUGCUAGUGAGAACGCUCGCUUGAAGAAGGCCAAGGAUGAGGCGGUUGCUCUGCAGAAGCUUGAGAAGACUAUCCGCCGAGAUCUAGGUGCCCGCACAAGCUAUUCGAAAUACUUCAUCUCCCAGGGGAGCCAGGAGAGUUUGUACGGACUGUGUAAGGCAUACGCCUUGUACGACGAGGCUGUUGGUUAUGCACAGGGCAUGAACUUUAUCAUCAUGCCCUUGUUAUUCAACAUGGAUGAGGUUGAAGCCUUUGAGCUUCUCGUCAAGCUGAUGAACAAAUACGGCCUCCGGGAGCUGUUCAUCCAGGACAUGCCCGGUCUUCACCGAGCUCUUUACCAGUUCGAGCGUCUCCUGGAAGAUCUCGAGCCCGCCCUGUACUGCCACCUGCGUCGUCGCGGUGUACCUCCCCAAUUAUACGCUACUCAGUGGUUCUUGACCCUCUUCGCCUACCGCUUCCCCCUGCAACUUGUCCUGCGCAUCUAUGAUCUGAUCUUCGAGGAGGGCUUGGAAAGCACUAUUCUCAAAUUUGGCAUCGCCAUUAUGAGACGCAAUGUCGAUGCGCUGCUAGAAAUGAAGGAUAUGUCCUCGCUUACGACCUUCCUGAAGGAGCGUCUAUUUGACGCCUACAUCGAUAAGCAGCCUUCGGCCUCGUCAAUCUUGGAGUCUGGCUUCUUUGGAAGUUCCGGCGCUGCUGACAAGGAGAUUUACCGAGCCGAUAUCCUUGUGCAAGAUGCUUGUGCCGUACCCCUCACCCGGGAUAUGAUAAAGACAUACACGACGGAAUGGGAGGAGAAGACUCGCACAGAGAAGGAGCAAGAGGCUGAGCUGGAGCACCUUCGGCACACUGUCGCCACGCAAUCUUCCCGCGUGCGUCUGCUCGAGGAGCGCGCCGAAGCAUCCGACAAGGAACACGUGCAGUUGGCGUCGGAAUUGGUUCACGUCAAAGUGGAGAACGAGGAACUGCGCGAUCUGAACGAUGCCCUCAAGCUGCAGGUCUCCGAGCUGAAGGUCAUUGUGGACAAGCAGCCUGGCGAGGUGGAGGAGAAGCUUCGCACAGAGAUGGACCGCAUCAUGAAGCGCAACAUCGAGGUACAGAAUGAGAACCGUGCAAUUGAGGACAACAUGGCCGAUAUGGAGAAAGAGCUAGUCGCCACGAAGAUGAAGUGGGCCGAGAUGUCCGAAAACCACGAAACCCUCCGCCAAAAAUGGAGUGACCUCCGCCGCGCCCUCGACUAA